AGAUAUGUAAUAGAUUUGAAAUCGAUUUAUAUUAAAAAUGAAACCAUCCUGACUUUGCCAUUAACCAAUACCACCGACUUUCCGGCAGCGUUCUCCGGCAACCCGGCACCGUCCUUCCUGUGUGAGAGUGGAGCCUUGCCUUGCCACCGUAAUCUUCCACUUUCGUCUGACUGCUGCUGUUGUCCUCCAUUCCCGCUAGGGUGGUUGUUCUUCAACUUAUGCUUUCUCCGAACACUCGGAUAGUUAUUAGUAGUGAACAAAACACAACUUUCAAUACAGAUAAUAAUAUUCAAGAUUCAUACCUGGAGACAGGAAAAAGGCACUCACAGGAGUGAAAAACAUGGGGCCAUUUAGGUCUAUUAUUACAGAAGCAUGGGAAAAAACUUUCAUUUUAACAAAGUUCUUCUGCUUUUUACAUGUUACCGACACCUAUCUGAUCAACCAUGUUAUGACCUAUGGUCCUAGCAUGCUUCCUGCAAUCGAUCUGUCACCAACCGACUUUCUUGCUGAAAGGAUCUCAACUCGAUUUGGUAAACUUGCUCAAGGAGAUAUUGUAGUAUUGCGCAAUCCUCAAAACCCUAGAAAGACCGUCACAAAGCGCUUGGUUGGAUUAGAGGGUGAUACCAUUACAUAUGUUUCUAGUUCCGAAAACAGCGAUAUGCAUGAGACAGUUGUGGUUCCCAAAGGCCACGUUUGGGUACAAGGUGAUAACACAUAUAAUAGCAACGAUUCUAGACAUUUUGGUCCAGUUCCUUACGGCCUUAUUGAGAGUAAGCUAUUUUGGAGGGUAUGGCCACUUGAAGAUUUUGGACCAUUCUGGAAAAAAUAAUUUGAAGAUUUCAAUAAUGUAAGUUACAAUCUUGAGCAACAUAACUGUUUGUUUCAUUCAAACCGAUGUCUAUGUGGACAUUGUCCACCCUUUUUCUUUGUGAUUUGGAUCUGAAUCUAUAAAAUUAAGACAUUUUUAUCAACUUAUAUAUAAAGUGUGACAUUUUUUAUGUUACUUAAAUGAACAGUUGACCUUUUAUUAAUGAAGUAUUCAUUUUUGCUCCCAAAAAA